CACGUUUUCGUGACGUCACACCGUAAACAAAGAUGGCGACAGUCCUAUGGAGAGUGAGCCUCCUCUCGCUCUUGGCCUUUUCUUUGGCCGCCGAGACAUUGCAAGCAGAUGAAAAAGAGAAGAACACGUGCACAGAUACCUGCGCAAAGCUCUAUUCACCCGUCGCUCAUUUUCCCAGCAGCAACAAUGAUGCCUGUGAGCGCGGCUGCCGAUUCUACACGAUCAGUGAAUUUGUCUCUGAUGGGCCAGGCCAUGGCAAUGCAGUGGAUGGGAAAGACGCAAAUCCUGUAAAGACAACAUGUUACAAUUCUUGUGUUGAAGCCUACAAUGAAACUUCAGACAGCACAGUUGCCUGCAAGGCUGGCUGCGAUGCCCAGGAACGAACAUCACAGGAUAAAACUAAAGAAGAAGAAGAAGAAGAGAAACCAACCCUUCACCUGUUGAAGCCACUAAUGCAGAUGCAAGCUGUCUACUCCUCCAUUGUUGGCGCUGUCCACAUUGUCCGCACAUCCCUUGUCACAUACUUUGUGAGCGAUGACAGCUCCAUUGUGGCUGUUGAGUCAGAGCCUGAGAUCAUGCUGGAAAUCUUGCCUGAGGCUGCAGAUGGAGACUCACCUAUGCAGGGACUCCAGGCCGAAUCAAGGCAAUUGACGAGUGACGAGUACUCCCAGGACCCAUCUGUGGUACGCUGUGUGUCUCGCCGCCUUGGUGUUCCUCCCUACCUCCUUGUAGCUUCGGCUUUGGCUCUUGUGCUCUUUACGCUGUAUGUGAUCUUUGCUGUCUGCACAACUGCUAGUCCACCAAAGACAAAAGCUUUCAAGAAUGGAUUGAGUGUCCAGGCUGACCCACUGCCUCUGCCCAUCAAACUGGUUCGCCCUGAAGACCUUACCAAGCUCAGUCUUAUGGAAGAGGAAGAGCAGCAAGCGCCACCUCUGCCCACAAAGGUCAAGCUACCCGAUACCGAUAUUUAGCCUCUAUAGCAGGAUCCAUAGCAGCAACCUUUAGGGGUUUGUACUAUGGUUUUAAGCAUAUCAUUUCUUUUACCUUUUUUCUUCCUUUGCAUCUUUUAUAAUCUAAGAUACAACUGUCUUCUCACAUUUUGAUAAACACAACAGAAAGAUUGACUGUGUUUACAUGUGUCUGUGACAUACAUGUACAGAUGAUAGGCCUGAUAUUUAUUAUAGAAGUCUCGUUUAUAAUUCAUUGUUAGCAAUAACUGUGCAUUUUAGUUAUUCUUAUUGUACCAGCACAUGUGUGGAUUGAGCUUGUAUCAGGUGUGUGAGCAUUAUAUCUUUUGGAGUUUAAUGGCACUUGAGAUGCUUUAUCCAUAUUGUAUAUAGUUGAGCACAGAGGGAAUUCAUAGUAAAUUACAGAUGUCAUGGAAAUGUACACAACUAAUGUUCACACAAGCAGAAGUCUCCAUAUUGUCAGCAUUUACAUUCACUACUUGCUCUUUUGAUGUCAUACCUUUAUGAUCCCUUUAAAUGUGCCUUUCCAUAUUAGAGAGUUUUCAGCAAUCAGGUUUCAAAUGGAUCAUGCUCAAAUGGUACAAAACAUCCAAAAAUUAACCUCAAACCUCUUAAUGAGGCAUAUCACAUAACCAUUUAUUGUCACCAGCUGGGUCUUAUAAUGUGUGGAGAGUUUAAGUAAUUAGACAAAAUAGGGAAGAUGAUUCUAUCUUAGAUUGUACCUUCACCCACUCACAUUUUUUUAGCUUUAAGAUUAGUUUCUGUCUAGAUUAUCUCCAGUGACAAAAAUGUUCCCAAAGCUUGUAAAGAACCUCAGUAAACCCUUUUUAGGCCUUAUAAAAGCAAAACCUUCUUCAUAUCUUUUCCAAAGGCAUAGUUGGCUGUUUAAAGAAUCAUUAACCAGCUAUGGCUGAACGAUUUCCUCAGUUGUAGAGAAAUGGUUAAGGAAAAGCUUUUUCAGAUAUACCUGUGUUGCUUGAUGACAUAUAAUCAUUGUUUGUUGUGUGUCAGUCUUUAUACAUUAAGAAACACUUGCGUGAUCAAAUAUACUACCUUGUGAAAGCAUGAGAAUUGAUUCAGAAAAGUGCUGCUUAACAAUACAGUACUGCAUUAGCAUUUUAUUAUGUGGAAACACUGAAGUACCUACAGCUAUUUUCUUUUUUUGUACUUUGAAGUUGUUUGAGAUUACAUAAUUUUUGAACAGGUUUCUGAAGUUAAUUUUUAUAAAGUGCUCAUUGAUUAGAGAGAAAAAGGUAUUUUCAUUUUCAAUUAUGAGACGCACCUUGAAAUGAUUAGCUGUAGCAUUUCAGAGUGUUUGUAUAAAGGAUAGAGAGAGAAUGAGUGAUAGAGUAAAUAAAAUAUUGUAAAAAAAAAAAAAAAAAAAGAAUUCUCUGUACUUAAUUUUAUUCUUCAGGGCCUUUUCUUCAGCUUUUCUAGGGUUUGCCUUUUUUCCCCUGUAGGCCUAAGCCAGUUAUGUUGGUGCAAUAUCGACACCAUAUUUUGCAAGUUUGAUUAUGCCAAAACAAGUGUACUAGGAUAGGACGCAUUUUUACCAUGUAUCCUAUUUUCUUUUUCCCUUUUAUUAUUUUCUUUUCUUUUCUUUGUGAUUUAUGUGUAUAUCAGAUUUAUAUAUAUAUUUAUACUACAUAUGUUGUGCCACAUUUUUUUUUUCUUUUUUCUAAUCAUUAAUGGAAUCUUAUUAGUUUUGCAAAUACAGUAUGAUCUUGUAAUUCCAGGGGUUCAGUGGAUUUGCUAUUAAUAAAUAAUACAUAAUUU